GGAGGCGGCGAGAAGAUGGCGACUUCGAACAAUCCGCGGAAAUUCAGCGAGAAGAUCGCCCUGCACAACCAGAAGCAAGCGGAGGAGACGGCGGCUUUCGAGGAGGUCAUGAAGGACCUGAGCCUGACGCGGGCCGCGCGGCUCCAGCUCCAAAAGUCCCAGUACCUGCAGCUGGGCCCAAGCCGUGGCCAGUACUAUGGCGGUUCCCUGCCCAACGUGAACCAGAUUGGGAGCGGCACCGUGGAUCUGCCCUUCCAGCCCAGCGGAUAUCUGGGGGAGGCUCUGGCAGCGGCUCCUGUCUCUCUGACACCCUUCCAGUCCUCAGGCCUGGACACCAGCCGAACUACCCGGCACCAUGGGCUAGUGGACAGAGUGUACCGGGAGCGUGGCCGCCUUGGCUCCCCACAUCGCCGGCCCCUCUCAGUGGACAAACAUGGAAGGCAGGCAGACAGCUGCCCAUAUGGCACCGUGUACCUCUCGCCACCUGCGGACACCAGCUGGAGAAGGACCAAUUCUGACUCUGCCCUGCACCAGAGCACAAUGACGCCCACCCAGCCGGAGCCUUUUAUGGGUGGGUCCCAGGACGUGCACCAGAAAAAAGUCUUACUAUUAACAGUCCCUGGAAUGGAGGAGACCACAUCAGAGAUGGACAAGAACCUUUCUAAGCAAGCAUGGGACACCAAGAAGACGGGGUCCAGGCCCAAGUCCUGCGAGGUCCCUGGAAUCAACAUCUUUCCAUCCGCCGACCAGGAAAACACUACAGCCCUGAUCCCUGCCACCCACAACACGGGGGGCUCCCUGCCUGACCUGACCAACAUCCACUUCCCCUCCCCCCUCCCGACCCCGCUGGACCCCGAGGAGCCCACCUUCCCUGCGCUGAGCAGCUCCAGCAGCACCGGCAACCUCGCAGCCAACCUGACACACCUGGGCAUCGGCGGUGCCGGCCAGGGGAUGAGCACACCUGGCUCCUCACCGCAGCACCGCCCGGCCGGCGUCAGCCCGCUGUCCCUGAGCACGGAGGCAAGGCGGCAGCAGGCCCAGCAGGUGUCGCCCACCCUCUCCCCACUGUCACCCAUCACUCAGGCCGUGGCCAUGGACGCCCUGUCUCUGGAGCAGCAGCUGCCCUACGCCUUCUUCACCCAGGCGGGCUCUCAGCAGCCGCCGCCGCCUCAGCCUCAGCCCCCGCCCCCGCCGCCGCCUGCGUCCCAGCCGCAGCCGCCCCCGCCGCCCCCGCAGGUGCCUGUCGGCCUCCCCCAGGGCGGCUCCCUGAUGCCGAGCGCCAGCCUGACUCGGGGGCCCCAACUGCCCCCACUUGCGGUCACGGUACCAUCCUCUCUCCCCCAGUCCCCCCCAGAGAACUCGGGCCAGCCGCCGAUGGGAAUCGACACUGCCUCGGCGCCGGCUCUGCAGCAGUACCGUACUAGCGCUGGCUCCCCAGCCAACCAGUCUCCCACCUCACCCGUCUCCAAUCAAGGCUUCUCCCCCGGGAGCUCCCCGCAACACUCUUCCACCCUGGGCGGCGUGUUUGGGGACUCAUACUAUGAGCAGCAGAUGGCGGCCAGGCAGGCCAAUGCUCUGUCCCACCAGCUGGAGCAGUUCAACAUGAUAGAGAAUGCCAUCAGCUCCAGCAGCCUGUACAGCCCGGGCUCGACACUCAACUACUCACAGGCGGCCAUGAUGGGCCUCACGGGCAGCCACGGGAGCCUGCCGGACACACAGCAGCUCAGCUUCCCUAGCCACAGCAGCAUCCCCAAUAUCAUCCUCACAGUGACAGGAGAGUCCCCUCCCAGCCUCUCUAAAGAACUGACCAGCACGCUGGCCGGGGUCGGUGACGUCAGCUUCGAUUCUGACAACCAGUUCCCCUUGGACGAACUCAAGAUUGACCCCCUGACCCUGGACGGACUGCACAUGCUCAAUGACCCAGACAUGGUCCUGGCCGACCCGGCCACUGAGGACACCUUCCGGAUGGACCGUCUGUGAGCCGCACGCCCGGCACACGGCCGCCCAGCCCCCGGCUCCGUCACCCUACCGGUCAGUGGUCCCCAGGGCGUCUCCCCAAGCCUGGGGACGGCGGCGCUCCGUCCCUCGCAAACGGCCGAGCUUGUGAUUCUGAGCUUGCAAUGCCGCCAAGCGCCCCAGCCCACCCGCCCGCCCACCCCGGUCGUCCACCUCCCGCGUGAGGCCGCGUGUCGUCGCCCCCGCGGACCCUCCCUCCCUGCUCUCUCCUCCCCCUGUAAGAUGCGGAAUGCGUGCUGGGCAGGGCCGCCGGCCUCGGGGGGGGGGGGGGGGGGGCGCCGUGCUCUGCGACGGUGGUGGGAUGAGGUGCAUCUUGCGACUGUUGUCCAGCUCUCACUGCCUUCCUUUGUCCCCGGUCCCCCCACCCGCCCGCGCCCCCAGCCCUUGGUUAGGUAGCGAGCCAGCCCCACCCCGCCAAAAGGAGAAGGCGCCGGGGGUGGGGGGUGGGCGGACAUGAAGCGGAAAUAAACACUAUUUGGACUGCCGUCUUUUAUAUUUCUGAGCACACACAGAACACUAGACUCCAUCCCACGGAGGUGGGAUGUGAAUGUGUGAACGGAGCAUGCGAAGCAGCUAUAUCUCCCCCGGGGCCCAGUAGGGAAGCCCAUGCCCCCGCCUCGCCACCCCCAGCUGGGCCCCUCGGUGGCCACCUUUGCUGUGAAAUCCCCACCCAGGCCUGUCGGGGAUGCACGUGGAGGCGGGGAUUAUUUCUAGGGGGUUUUGCGACUUGUUUCCAUCUUUCUUUCUCUGUACCGUGGUCACUGUUACUAUUAUUUAA